UCAUGAUUUCACCACGUUCGUUACUGAACUUCAUUCUUCCUUAAUCCUUAUGACCUCGGUCCAUUCGCACUACGGCUACAGUGUCCUGAACGACGACAGGAUUCAACGAACCAAUGAUCUUCCGAGGUACGGUCACAACCGUGAAAAGAGUGAUAAUAACAUGGUCUAAAAUCUGCAGCCUCGAACGUUUCUUACUAGUUACUGGUUGAUGGACCGUUCAUGGGCACAUGACGAACGCCUUCCACUCGGAGUCGGAGAACCCAGGAUCCCACGCAAUAAAACGUUCACAGGCGCAUCAUAAUCACUUCAGAGUUUUGAGAGCCUAUAAGUAUCGCGGUGCAGAUGAACGGUUGAACUUGCCCUCCCGUGCCUCCAUCCUGACGUGACAAGUUCUAAGUAUGAUUGCGUCGUCAGCCAUCGCCCUUGCUGUCCUUGCCAGAACUGCAUCAGCAGCAGUCGCAUCGAGCUUCACUGCUCCAGCUCCUGCACCGACUUCUCAAUCUUCUUUUUACACUGGUAUUGCAAACUCCACCAUUACCAACUCGCCCAAUGUUCCCGGACAGGUGUUCGACCGCUUCAUUCAGAUAUGGUUGGAGAAUACGGACUACGCCCAGGCAGCUAGUCAAGGAGUCUUCCAGACCCUCGCUACUCAGGGCAUUACCUUGAGUGGGUACUACGGCGUAACCCACCCGAGUGAGCCAAACUACCUCGCCGUGGUUGGUGGCGACUUCUGGGGUCUUGCUAGUGACGUAUUGGAGCAAGUGCCCACUAACAUGUCCACUGUUGUGGACUUACUCGACCAGAAGAACAUUAGCUGGGCGACUUACCAGGAAAAUAUGCCCACGGAUGGGUAUGGGGGAUACAACUAUACGAAUCAAGCCGAUGGAUAUACCUAUUACGUGCGCAAGCACAACCCAUUGGUCAUCUACGACUCCGUAGCGAACAUUUCCACGAGAGCGGCGCGUAUCAGGAACUUCAAUGACUUUGCUGUCGAUGUUGGCAAUAAUUCCCUUUCUCAGUGGAUUUUCAUUACUCCGAACCUCCGCAACGAUGGUCACGAUACUAGUGUUGGAUAUGCCGCUUCCUGGGUUAGCUAUUGGCUCUUGCCCUUGCUCAACGACCCAAACUUCAACACCGCUAAGACGCUCAUCAUGAUCACCUUCGACGAAAACGAAACAUAUACCGUUGGUAACAACGUAUACAGCCUUCUCCUGGGUGGAGUUAUCCCCCAGAACAUGAGAAACACCACUGAUCCAACGUUCUACACACAUUAUUCGACAAUUUCAACUGUCGAGAACAACUGGGACCUCGGUAACCUCGGUCGUCAGGAUACUAACAAGACGGUAGCUAACGUUUUCAACCUCGUUGCUUCGGUCACCUCGUAUAAGAACAACAACCUCACUGCUUCCUCUCCCUCCCUCCCCCAGCUGAACAUUACUGGGACUAUCCCAGGACCGUUGAACCCUGACUACUACGUCCCCUAUUUAGCACCCAACACGGCCGGUACUGGCGGUGGCAGUGGAAAGACCUUUGUUGCUCCUAACGUCAACACGUCAUUGACCUCGGCCAAUGCUCCUGCACCAGUCAAUAUAUCUGCACCUACAACCACCAGCUCUGCUGCUGGUCUGACGAGCAAUGCGCGCAGCAUGAUAGUUGCAGUUGCUGUCGCUGUUGUCGCUGCAAUGUCACUCUAGUGGAUGUAGUUAUUUAGUGUUGCAGUAAAGUUUAUCCGCAUUGUACUAUCCACUUUUUUUAGUGUUUGGGUCAAGUUUGGGUGGCACAGUGCGUCGGGAAAAUCGACACAGAACAUUACU